UCAACAGUUCCAAAGGGUGGUUACAGCGCUCCAUCCAGCCUUGCCCAAUUUGGUAGGUAUUGAACUGUCGCCGGAUGUUAAAAAUGCGAUGAAGGUGGUAUUCUCGCGUCUUGGGGGAGAGAGCAAGGCGGCUUCAAGUGAUCCAGAAUUAGAGACCGGGGACGACAUCAGGACGGAUGUUAUAAUGAAUAGCCAAUCAGAAACCCCCUCUAGUGAAUCUAAAAAUAGCAUAGAUGACCCGGAAAGUAGUGCUGCACAACCCGUGGAUAACACGUCAAUUAGCACAGAUAGGCAUGAAGAGCAAAUAGAUCAUCAAACAGAGACCCCUGUUGAGGUUAUACUGACGCAGGAUAAAAAAUCGGGUGUAACACCAUCGGAAGCUCAUCCUGAAACGGUAAUAACUGAGACAGGCCAAAAAGUGGAAUCUGGAAUGGAAGUAGAGGGCGAUUCGGAUAUCAAAACGCAAUCAGAGACCAGGCCACCGACAGAAGUAGAAUCUGAGGGAGCAGAAGGCGUUGAAGAGGUUGAAACAGUACUGGAAGGUACGAAUGAGUUGGAUGAGACUACUGUCGGUAGCCUCGAAGCUGAAUAUGAUGUAGCGCCAAGUGAUGGAAGUUUGAAUGAGGACACAAUAAAACAAGACGAUACAGGAGUCCAAGUGAAUGAGCCUACGGAAAAUGCACCGGGUUCAGAGGCUGAGAGGGAAGUGGGUAUACACGAUGUAGAUGCUACCACUGGAGUUGACGGUGCGAAUGCACACGCGGAAGUAAAUGCUGGUAAUGAUAAGGAUGCUGGUGUAAACCAUGAACAUGUUGAGGCUGGAGGUAUUACUGAGGUCGGGGAGAUUGCUGAGAGUAACGAUACCAAUACUGAGAGUGGGGAGAAUGCUGAAGUUGAUGACAAGGAUAUGGCCGCCAGUGAGUCUAAUAACAGUGCUAGUGGUACGAAGGCAACCGGGGGUGGCAAGAAGAAACGGAAAAACAAGAAAAAAGGGAAAAACUAGGCUUUCUAGACGUUCAGUCGGUGACUGAUGAAUGAGGCUGUUUUGUGAGAUAGAAUAACAGAGCGUGCGCAUGUCACACGCUGGAUGUGUUGAAAUAAUAAUAAAUAAUAUCUCAAUGUACGGGUA